AAAGGGUCUUAUUACAGAUUUAUUAACUACCACCACAGCAAUUCUUUUGUGCUGUGUGAUGGCCAUGAAAAGUCUUCUAGGGCCUUGAUAGCCAAGUGGUUAGGGUCGCUGACUUCAAAUCACUUGCACCUCACCAAUGUGAGUUUGAGCUUUACUUAACAUGUUGAAUUCUUCAUGUGAGGAAGCCAUCCAGCUGGCUUACAGGUAGGUGGUUCAAACCAGGUGCUUAGCCAUGAUGAAAUAAUGCCCAGAGGUGCACAUGAGGUCUUCCUUAAGCAUUUUAAGCUUGAAAGUUGCCAUUUGACUCAUAUUUAUGUCAGUGUGAUGUUAAACCAAAAGCAAGUAAAAAAUCUCUCAGUACUUUGAUUCAGUGUUGUUAUAUUUUCUGGUUCUUUGGGACCAUGGAGUUCUUUCAAUAUCCAUGUAAUAGAAUUCUGUAUAACCUGUUGCUAGGGGCGUUAAACAUGUUGCACUUUCCGUUACCUCUUACAAACAGACUCACACAAACCGGAAUACAAUGCUAUUAUUUUGCUUGUUUGCAUUCUCAUGCUGCCAAAGGACCUUACUACAGAUUUUAUUGACAUCCCAGUGAUGGUAUCUAUAGAGACAAAGUGUUGGGUAUUAGAUCAUCCAAAAUAUUCACCAGACUAUAAAGCUUCAUGUGAAUGUUUCUUGUCCAAAAAACAAAAAUCUAUCCUUGCCAGAAAAGUUUAGUCUUCUGAAAGCAUGACUUCAUCUAUAAACACACUUGAUUCAGCAGUAGGCAAGACACCCAGUCCAGAAAGUAGAAAAUACUUUCAAAACUGUAUGUACAGGCAAAAGGAGGCUUACUCAAACACUUACUAUGAAUUUAAAAUGAAUUUUUACAAUUUGAAACACCCCUUGUAUGACUUGCCUGUAACAUAGUUUCAUAAGGUUAAGGUAAUUGUUCAGCCUUAUUUAUUCUGCACAUUUUGUAGAACUUGACGGAAACUUUUACAGCCCGGUAUUGGAAUAUCAGGUUUCUUCUUGUCAAUCUCAAAAAAUGUCUCAAGCUCCUGGUCAUUCCGAAAGUUUAUCAUUGAAAUUAUCAGAAGUACUCAGUGAUAUUGGUGUGGAUGAGAAAACAGUACUGAAGAGGAGAAGGAUGUUGUUGUUGAAGGAAUCUACAUAUAAGAUUAAGAAGAUACUAACAGGAGUCAACCACUCCACAUAUUACUUUGGAAGUCAGGUGGAAGGUUCAACAACUCCAGGACUAAAGUCAGACUUGGAUAUACUCUUAAGCCGAGAUGACAUGAACGUGAUACAGGACUGGAGUAUGUGGCAACCAGGCGUGAAGAAUCUUUUAAUGGUCAAUGAUGAAACUACUUCACCUGGCUACUGUCUUCUCCAGUUGCUGAAAGCUGAUGAACCUUCUCCUUGCACCUGUAAUUACCAUAGGACACAUGAAGAUCUUCUUGCUGAUGGAAGAGGAAGAACACUUAUGAAAAACAUUGUUAAGCCUAAAAAUGGUUCAGUUGUAAAUGGUCCAGCAACAACAUAUCCAGGAAAAAAUAAUUCCUCAGCUUUUGAUAAAGUUGUAGCCUGUCAAUGUAAAUCGUGGCCUAAAGAAGCCCAACUCUGGUUAUCACAGCAAGGCAUAGGAGGGUGGCCUACGGACGAAGUGAGGAGAUACUGUGAGACUACAGGGUGUUUUGUUGUACCAGUAGGCAGUAAGCAGGGUAGGAAUAAACAACUUGAAUGGAGAAUAUCUACUUCAAGAGCUGAAAGAUGUCUCAUGUUCAGUUUAAACAUCACACAAAUAAGAUGUUACAUCUUGAUGAAGAUGAUUCUUAAAACAUUCAUCAGUCCGCAGUGUGAAGCUGCCAUUUCUAGUUUCAUGUGUAAAACUGUUUUAUUUCAUUGUAUACACACUACACAUUUAAAUCAAUGGCAGGAGCACAAUUUACUUGCAUGUUUAAAAUAUUGCUUGCUGUCUUUGCAGGACUGUGUUAGACAACUAAAUUGUCCACAUUUCAUAAUACCUGAAAACAACUUGAUGGCUGGAAGAAUUUCUUAUCCAGUCCAGCAACAGCUUCUUGCAAUUCUCAAAUCUAUCAUACAAUGUGAAAUUUGGGCAUUAAUAGAUAUUCCUAUUGAUGACCUUGGCAUGAGACUUCAGCAGAAGAUGAACAGGUUACCAGUGUACCCAUGUGGUUGUUAUUACCAUUCCUCAGCUGAUAUGUCAUCUAAGGCUUUAGGAUUUUUUAUAUAUGAUUUUUUCUAUUCGGUACGGUUAACAUAUUCCAUAAUAAUCAGACUUGCGAGAACAUGUAGAAUGGUACCUUUUCUGCUUUUAAACUCAAUAUCCAUUUUGGUUAAAAUAUAUAGCUCAUCAGAAUGUGAUACACCGCAGAAAUCAGUGUGCAAACUUUUGACUCGGCAGGUUUGCUCUUCCCUUGGAUCUGUGAUGGCAUCUACAGACAUUGAUGCCAGUAGUUCCAUAUCCCACAUGGCACUUGCUUGGUUUUCAGCAGGAUUGAACUCUGAUGUGUCAUCUAGCAGGCUGAAACUUGCAUCUGCAUUAUACUGUGCAGGAGAAACAGAAAAAACAGAGUAUGUUCUUGGUAUUGUUGAAGAAAAGUUUGACUUGGAUGUUGUUACCCCUGUGUGUGCGUGCUGUGACAGUUUAAAGACCAUAAAACCACGAUUUGUCAGUAAAUGUAAAACAGGCAAUGAAGAACUUAUAAAAGAUAUUGCAGCUUUUUGUGUUGUGUUUAUGCGUUGUGAAAUCAACUCUGUCCCCAAAGAAUUACGAUAUGAAAUGUUUAGAUCUACACAAGAAGACUUGCUAGAGAGGAAUGAAAAAGAUAACUGGAUGGACUGUGCUGUGGUUGAUUCACUCCCUUACCUUUACUUCCUACAGUACAAGACUUACAAACAUCUUCAGAGAGGAGCAGAUCAACAGCGAGCUCUUUUAAACCUUGCCACUACCAUUGAUACCGAUAAAAACCUCAAUCACAGAGAAACAGCGCUGAAUUUACUGGGACAAUGCUUGGAACAGGAGAACAGAUAUGAUGCUGCUCUCUGCUGCUAUACAAAGUCUCGCAAUAUACGUACAAGAAACAAUGCUGCAAACUAUCAUAUAUGUAAACUGUUGAGUACAUUUUAAUUCAGCAGAAGGAUGACAUGAGAAAACAGACAAAGCAUGAUAUUGCAACAACAGACAAAGCAUGAUAUUGCAACAACAGACAAAGCUUGAUAUUGCAACAACAGACAAAGCAUGAUAUUGCAACAACAGACAAAGCAUGAUAUUGCAACAACAGACAGACUGGGAAACGUUAAGCUUCUUGACGAACUACCUUCACAUUUACUGACACAGAGCAUACAAAUAUAUUUUACAGUAAAAUUAUUAAUAACAGUGUUUUAACAGUAAAUACAAAUAUAUUUUACAGUAAAAUUAUUAAUAACAGUGUUUUAACAGUAAAUACAAAUAUAUUUUACAGUAAAAUUAUUACAAACAGUAUUUUAACCCUUCAUUGAAAUGUACAUUUAUGUAUUGACUAAGAUCUUUUAAAUCACAAAGUGAUAAUUGAAAAAGUUAAUGAAUAGUUGUAAAAUAAGAAGUGAACAAUGGCAGUGAUUAUUUAUGAAAAUACUGUAACAGUUGUAGCCUGUGAAAGAUGUAGAAAAGCUAUUUUGUUUGUCAUACAGUACAUAUUGUAAGAAAUUUAUCUGUACAUUAUACUUGUAAAAUGUAAACCUAAUAGUUGCAGUUACUAUAAUUGUCUUUUGUUGAUUUUUUCUUCCACAAUUCUAUCCUUCAUAAACUACCAAGCCAAUUUCAACCAGAUUUCACAGAAAUGUUUCUUGAGUGAACCUCUUGCCAAUUCUUUCAAAUCUAGGUGACCUGUGCAAGUGUAGUUUUCAUGGCCUGAGAAAUUGCUUGAUCAGUUUUAAAAUAAAUAAAAGAAAUAUUUCUAGAUUUACUGCUAUCAAAUUCCUUUCAUCAGAUGUAAAAAAAAAUAGUUUCCGGUAACAUGCUCAAAAAAAUUAGGGUAGGUUACUAAGGUUUUUUUUUUUUUUAAAUACGACUUUUUGGAAAUUAUUUUUGUGUCAAAAAAUGAAUACAAAUAAGGGAGUUAUGUCUUUAGAGUAUCAGUAAGUUGAUUUGUGACCAUGUUUAAAGCAUACAAAGUGCAGUUUUGCAACUUUUUGUUAAAAAGGUGAAAAAAAUUCUCCAAGGCCAUAAAAACAUUUAGGGUCGGGUCAGAAAUUUAGAGUCACACUGGCACAAUUUAGGUCAUACAGCAACCUUUCAAGCUUUUUAGCUCACCUAGCUCAAAGUGCUCAAGGUGAGCUAUUGUGAUCGCUCACCAUCCGUCUUCUGUCCACACUUUCCUUUAAACAACAUCUAAACCAUCUGGCCAAUUUUGAUGAAACUUCACAGGGAUGUUUCUUGGAUAGUCUUCUUUAAAAAAAUUUCAAAGAACUGAAUUCCAUACAGAACUCUGGUUGCCAUGGCAACCGAAAGAAAAAACUUUAGAAAUCUUCUUUUCCAAAACCGCAAGGCGUAGAGCUUUGAUAUUUGGCCUGUGACAUCUCUAAUAGUCCUCUAUGAAGAUUGUUCAAAUUAUGCCCCUGGGGUGAAAAGAGGCCCCACCCCGGGGGUCCUAAGUUUUACAUAGACAUAUAGGAAAAAACUUUAAAAGUCUUCUUGUCUGAAACCACAAGACCUAAGCCUUUGAUAUUUGGUAUGUAGCAUUGCCUUGUGGUCCUCUACCAAGAUUGUUCAAAUUAUUACCCUGGGAUGAAAAGAGGCCCCACCCCGGGGGUCCCAAGUUUUACAUAGACUUAUAUAGGAAAAAACUUCUUGUCUGAAACUGCAAGGCCUAUGCUGUUGAUAUUUGGUAUGUUGCAUUGCCUAGUGGCUCUCUAACAAGAUUGUUCAAAUUAUGCCCCUGGGGUGGAAAGAGGCCCCACCCCGGGGAUAAGGUGUUAUAUGACUGAUAUAAGAAAAAAUACUUAAAAAUUAUCUGAUUAUAUUUCCUAGACUUUUUAGCUCACCUGAGUAAUGCUUAUGGUGAGCUAUUGUGAUCAUGCUGUGUCCAUUGUGCAUCCGUCCGUCGUCAACAGUUGUUUAAAAGACAUCUCCUCCAAAACCACUGAAUGGAUUUUGAUGGAACUUGGCAUGGAUGUUCCUUGGAUGGUCCUCUACCAGAGUUGUUCAAACGGUUCCGCUUUGUUGCACAUAGGGGACGCCAGAGCUAAAAAUAGAAAAAUCUUCAAAUGACAUCUCUUCUUAAACUGAUGAUACAGUCUUGAAAUAAUUUUUCAUAAAUGGUCCUUAUGUGACCCUCUACCAAGAUUGUACUGAAUUGUCAAAAAACAUGGCUGCCAGGGGGUGUAGUCACUUUUCUCUAUAUGUAUAUAGUGGAAAUUUAAAAAAUGUUCUUGUGUGAAAUUGCUAGCCCGAUUUAAGAAUAAUUUUACACAAAUGAUCCUUGUGUGACCCUCUACAAAGAAUAUUCAGAUUAUUUUGAUUUGUCAAAAAACAUGGCCACCAGAGGGCGUGGUCACUUUUCCCUAUAUGUAUAUAGUUGAAAUUAAAAAAUUUUAUGUGAAACUGCUAGCCUGAUUUUAAAACAAUUUUAUUCAAAUGGUUCUUGUGUAACCCUCUACCAAGAUUGUUCAAAUUAUUCCGAUUCAUCAAAAAACAUGGCUGCCAGGGGGCGUGGUCACUUUUCCCUUUAUGUUUUAGUAGAAACUUAAAAAUUCUUAUUGUAUAAAACUGCUAGCCUAAUUUUAAAAUAAUUUCACAUAAAUGGUUCUUGUGUGACUCUCUACCAAGAUUGUUCAAAUUAUUCUGAUUCAUCAAAAAACAUGGCUGCCUGAGGGCAUGGUCACUUUUCAUCAACAAUUUCUUUAAACAACAUCUCCAAAACCACUGAAUGCAUUUUGAUGAAACUUUACAGAAAUGAUCUCUGGGUAACCCUCUUUCAAAUUUGUUCAAAUGGUUCCAAUUCUUGUUCAUUGAACAUACGGGUCUUUUUUAUUGAAAAUAGGUUUUCAGCUAUCAGACUUUAAAAAUUCUUUUCUCUAGAGCUUUGAUAUUUGGCAUGUGAAAUAAGGUUUGACUCUGUAACAUACUUGUCCAAAUUAUUGCCCUAAGGUUAAAAAAAAAAUGGCUAUGCCCCUGUGUCUGAAAUGUACUUACUAUAGGUUUAUAUAUAAGAAACUUUGAAAAUCUUCUCUAAAUCAAAAAAAGCUAGAGCCUUGAUAUUUGGAGUGUGAUAUCAGAUUUGUAAGGUCUACCAGAAUUGUUCAAAUUAUUGCCCUAGGUUAAACAAUGUGUGUAACAUGUAUAUAAUAUAGGCUAACAUAGAAGAAACCUAACUCUUUACUUAUACAUACUCACUUGAAGCCUUGUACACAGGUGAGCGCUUUAGGAUCAAUGACCCUCUUGUUAAUUAUAAUUACCUGAUGACCCAAAGUAGGGGUCACUUGACUGUGACCUUGACCUACUGACCUACUUUCUUGAUAUUUUAGCAUCAGUUUGACAUUUGAAACAUGUAGCUCAUAUUACUCGGGUGAGCGAUCCAGGGUCAUCAUGACCCUCUUGUCAUCAACAAUUUCUUUAAACAACAUCUCUUCCAAAACCACUUAAUUGAUUUUGAUGGAACUUUACACAAAUGAUCUCUGGGUAGCCCUCUUUCAAAUUUGUUCAAAUGGUUCCGGUUCAUUGAACAUAUGGGUCUUUUUGGUUUAAAAUAGGUUUUCAGCUAUCAGACUCUCUAGAACUUCGAUAUUUGGCAGGUGAUAUAAGGGUUUGACUGUUUACCAUACUUGUCCAAAUUAUUGCCCUCAGGUCAAAAAUGGCCAACCCGCUUUGUGUGACAUGUACGUACUAUAGGCUUAUACAUAAGAGACUUUGAAAAUCUUCUUGUCUGAAUCAAUAAUAGCUAGAGCCUUGACAUUUGGCAUGUGAUAUCAGAGUUGUACUGUCUGCUGUCUACUCUUAAUUGUUCAAAUUAUUGCCGUAGGUUCCAAAAUGUGUGUGACAUGUAUAUAAUAUAUAGUAAAGGCCAUUUAUGAAAAAAGGGGGAAAAACUCGCAAAGAAUUGAUUUUUGGUGAAGGCAUUAUACAAUAUGUAUGUAACAGCAUACUAAAAGUAUAGAAUGUUAUCAUGGUGCAAAAUGCAUUUUUUGGGGUAAAAAGUUUAAAAAUAUAAUUGAAACUGUGAAUUUCUGGAAUCGGCCCAUAAUGAUGUCAAUAUUUUUAUUAAGAAAUCGUAAUUUUGCAUGGUAGUAGGCAGUUAUAACACAAAAAAAAUAAGUUCAUGACUACUUUAAAAAAAAUCCAAGAUGGCCACCAAAAUCCAAGAUGACCGCCAUUAAAUUCUCAUUACACAGGAAACCCGUUUAAGUAUUUCACAAAGUUCAAAUAGUGUGGAAAAUGACCAGCAUCAUAGAAGAUACACACAUUUUAUUUCAAAACACACGAACUUCAGUCUUAAACAAAUUCAAGAUGGCUUUUCAA